GUCAAAAGAAAUUCUGGCUCCCUCGAUUGUGCACCUAUUCUACUUUCCGUCAAUCAAGUCGUCCGAACUGUACAUCCAUAAGCCACAAAUCGAGUCGAUACUACGCCGUUUUUGCGUUGUUGAGCUUUCAAGUAGUCUUGGAAGACUUCACUUUGCAAUCUAGAGCUACCAGACCACAGACUCAGAGAUCACAACCUGUUCCUACAGUCAUCAUCGUUGAACCAGGCAAAUACACAAUCGCUUCGUCAUGGGUUCAAUAGCAGAAUCACAGCUGCCUGCUGUCAGCCCAGAAUUGCAAGAAAUCUUCCACACAAUGGAACAGACGUUCUGUUCAACAUCAUUAGGCGUUGAACGAUGGUACAUUGUGGCAGUGGCAACGUUGGCUGGGGGCAACGACCCAGAACUCUGUGCGCAGCUAUACCUCUACCUCAUCUCACGUCCAAACUUUUCGACUGCCCCACAACGACAAGCCAUGAUCCGACGGGUCCGUGAAGCGUUGGUGAAAGCAGUCAGCAUAGUUGGGGUCUGUAAGCCCUUGGAGGCCAUCAUGGCGAUCAACGAGUUCGAGCGCGAUGAGGACAAAGACCUAUCAUCGACACGCGAAGGCUGGCAAUGCGACGAUGAAAAUCUUGAGCGAGGUAUGGGUUGGAUGAAAAAGCUGUAUAGUCACAAUACGGACAGCACGGUGAACUUCUUCAAGGACCACAAGGACUUUAUGUGGAUCAGCAAACAUAUCACAUACGGUUUGUACCUCAGCGACAGACAGGUUCUGGACGAUGUGGACACACAAAUGGUCGUAUUACCAGCCAUCAUGAUCCAAAACCUUCGCAAGGAGACGCACUGGCAUAUCCGUGGGACAAGGAGGUUGGGGGUGUCGAAACAGGAGGUGCAGAUUAUCUGGGACUCGGUGCAGAUGAUCGCAAAGUACUUGGGAUUGAAGCUGCGUCGUGUGCCGACGGUUGACGAGAUUGAGCAUGAUGUUUGAUUCUGGAGUCGUAGAUGCAUGACAAGUCUUCGGACUGUUGGUAGUCAUGCUCCGAGAAACUUGUUCAUUGGGAAUAAUUCAUAUGAUGUCGGUGUUAAAUCGUACGGCUAAAAAGAACACCACAUUCUUGGAUGUAGACUCUGGGUUUCUCAUGGCGAUGUGUUUACCUGCGUAUCUCUCAUGCACAGAGGCACCAACGGUCUCAACCACCAGCCUUGUGGUG